CAUAGAUAGUGGCACUUCUAGAGGCCUUCCGCUGGGUUUCCACGGGCCGCAGUAGGCACUGCAGGGUGGAAAACAAUCAAGAUCCUCGUAAUUUUUCAUCCUAAGUAAAAGAUGGUCGCUUGUUGCCGCGGUGCGACGCCGCGGAAGCGGCCGUCGCUCAUCUCCAACAAAUCCGAAGAUCCGCUUUCUCCCCUGCCCAUCGGUCAGGACGCGCCGCCGACGCUCCUCUCCAUUUACGACCCGGAGUCGAAAAUCCAGGACGUGCCCAAGCAAAAACUCGGAUUGGGGGCGUAUUCGCCAACCUUUUCCUCGAUCAAGAAGAAGUUCAAGGCACUGCACCGGAUUGGCGCGUUGGGGAGGAGUGAGGGCUGUGGGAAUCAAAACGGUGCUGGGGAGCAGGGGGAUGGAGGAGUUGGUGGUACUUAUUUUCUUACGCUAGAUUUUGGCAAUCUCUGGUGUAUCAGAUCGAUAGCCUGCUACUUGAUGAAGUUCGUACAACCCGAAUGCUACUCCAACGCAUGUCUGCAUGAUGAAAAAACACUUUUCAACAUCCAGCCUCGUCUUCCAGCAACGCACCUCCCGCGACAAAACAAGGUUGGAAAAACCCUUCCCACGUCAUCGCGAAGAAGCUGUUCAAAUUUCAAAUGAACCGGAUUGGGAACAACAGCAACAGUGAUGGUAUGAUGAAUCUGGGGUCAACAUCUUCAGAUCAAAUUAUUCGAUCUGCAAACUACAAACAACCGCCUCCCCAGUUCGCCGCGGCCGGAAACCUUGCGGACCAAGCAACGGAAAUUUCCCCGGGAGAUAUCAAGCGGAGACUGAAAGUGACGGAAGACGACGAAGUAGAUCUACUUCGGGAUCACGACCGGGAAUCCUUCUACUUUUCCGCGCGGUCAGAUCACGGAAACAACCAGGAUUUUGAAACUAACAGUUACCUCGGGUUUUACCGCAGCAACUCCGUGACCGAGGGCGUGGACUACACGAUGCAGCGACAGGGUGGUGGUGGUGAUCUGCAACUUCUUGGUGCUGGGAGAAAUUUGACCGAUGACAAUGAAGACCGGGUGAGCUGUAUCACAGGAAAAAGUGUUAACGUUAACGGUUUUCACAGAUUGCAGUCAUGCGUCACAAAUGCAGCCCAACAUGCAUGCUAUGCAUGACAAAUUCUGACACGUCUUGUGAUGCAUUUCUGCAUCACAGUUUCCGUUAACGUUAACACUUUUUCUUGUGAUAAGCUGCAACAUUCCGGGAUCACCACUACCGGACAUCAGCCGGGCGAGCCGCCAGAGCAGUCGGGAAGUCGGGUUUGUUAUCCAAGAAAAAAAGCGUUACAGUUACACACAUUUGUAUGGAGUCUCAGCAUCACCAUCACAAAUUUGCUCUUCAUCGCAAAGAAAUCUUGUAAUGCGCACACUACAAGGAAAUAAAACACGAAUGGAAUGAGGCCAGCACGCGUUAUUUCCUGCAUGACAGAGGUUGUCUGUUUUGCUUGUCUUGCAUGAGAGUGUGUAACAAACUGCUGUAACGCUUUUUUCUCACGAUAUUUGUCCCAGAUGAGGAAAUGGUCCGGAACGCCACGAUAUGAACUGCAAACGUAUCGUACUCGUAGUACUGCAAUACAAAUAGGCUCAGCAUGACAAAUGAAAUUUCCUACGCUGGCUUGGCUUGAAAAAGAAAUUUGUCUUGCAUGACUGCGAUUACUAAGAGUGCGAUACUUUUGCACAGGAUACACGAUCGGCGUCGAAAACGCGUGCCAGCGGUUUGAAAAAGAUGUACCGCUGCCGAGGACAGGAGGCGGUAUUGGUAAUCAUGCAGCCGCGAAUAGUAGUGCGAAAUCGAGCGGGAACCACUACAACUCCGUGUCCAUACCAUCGAUGCUACCGGUAUCCACAGUGAAUUUUCCGUACACGAUGUACUACGGAUGUUGGUUCUGCAGGACAAAAAUUCUUGCCUUCAGAGGUGGUCUUACUCAGCAUGACAAGAGGAACGACUCUGUAACUUAGCGAAACUACUUGUCAUGCAUUUUAUACGUCGUGCACGGUAGAUUUGUAAUUGCAUAACCGCGACAGGAGUCCCAGGUUUUUUCUUCCGCGGAGGAGCUUGUCGCCGCGUCUAAAGACACCUGCGGAUCUUGUCAUGCGGAACUACAGGAACAACCACUGAAACACACGCCCUGCUCGACUUUUGUCCGACAACUGAAGUUCAACGACUUCGCCUCGUCCCACCUGCACGAGGAGCAGAAGAUAUGCACUGCAAAACCAUCGUACCCGUUGUAUUGCAAUAAUGCAUUACAAAUCUUUUAUUUUCUUCAGGUAGACCAGCAUUACAAAUUUUAUUUCUCAUGCUGAGGAAAUUUGUAAUGCAUUCAUACGAGUGCGAUACUUUUGCAGAGGAUAGAAAAAACGGGAAGUCGACGUCGCGUUCAAGGGCACAAGCGGGCAACAACACAAGAAAAAACUCGAAGAAUUUAUCCACGACAUUGCAGAGGGAAAACUCCGGGCGGUCAUUGUGCAGAAGUUAAUGGCGCGCAUGGGGAUCUUCACCUGCAUGGCAAACGGGAAAGUAAUUGAGCAUCCGACUUUAGAGAACACGGAUCCGUUCACCUUAUGCAAUUAACAAAUUUCCUGUACAUGUACAAAAUGCAUCACAAAUUUCACCAAUUCCGGGUGUGACACUUGUCAUUCUAGAUGAGGAUCGAAGCCCAGUUUUGUCAUGCAAGGACCGCAUUUGUUUUUGUACGCGUGCGGGAAAUUUCCUGUGGAUACACCCUAGCCGCCUUUAACAAAAAGAAGUUGGAGAAGAUGUCCAGUACUACUAGCGGAGGCUGUAAUCAAAAGAAUAAUUCAAACACGACAUCAUCAUCAACCGCUGCUGGUCCUGGUGCGAGAAAAAACAGUAACUCCUCCAAAGAGCAGCGCCGGCCAUCCUUCCUUCUCCAAAUGGCGCAGAGGUUACGAAGAGGCAGUUCCGCGAGUGUUUUGUCAUCGGAGAAAGCGGGGGACUUCCAGGACCUGAUUGGCAACGUGGGGCACGGGACGGGAGCGAUGUUUGGACGGAAAAACGCGACGGUAUGCAUUGCAAAUAUGUCUGUGUCUGGAAGCAUGUAACGUGUAACGCUAGCCCUGCACUCCUGUAAGUGUAAAGCCUGUGUUGCGUGACUAGCAAAAAGAAGAUACGACCCUCUUUAGUCAUACAAGAGUGCAGUUUCUCAUGCGGACUGAGCAUGCAAAAGUGUGCGGGAAACUUGUAAUGCUCAGCUGCAUUGGGAAGUCGAAGUAUUUCAGUCAUCCACAAUUCAGCAUCACAAGUUUCCAGGCCCAGACAUAUUUGCAAUUCAUAGACAGAGACGAUUAACAAAAUGAUCCUGCAGUACCUGUUUGACGUACACAACGGAGCGGAUUUUUGCUGCUUCAUCGUGCUGCGAUACUGUAUUCUUUUUACGAUUUUUGUUUUUGACGAUGGUAUCAAAAAAGGUCCUUUUAGCCAGUACGUAGCUUUGAUGCAAGAACAAGACCUGCUCGCUCUUGCAGGCAUCAACACAAUGAUGCUUUGUAUAGCUUGAAGUUGAAAUUUCAUUACCAUGUCCCUUGAAAUGCAAAUCGAAAUACGACGUAGAUGUAACCAUGAUGACCGAAAUUCAAUCUAUACUCAAGUUGCUGAACAACUUAGGUGUAGAAAAAACCGAAUUUGCACGUCAGGCUGAUCACAUUGUUUGAUUUCUCAUGCAUGCUGGUACAGAAAGACCAACAAGCUGGUGGUUAUUGUCCACCAAGUACUUACGCAAGACAACUUCUAGCUCCACUAUGAUGACUUAUUCUACCAAUCUAUACUCAAGUUGCCGAACUAGAGUGUGGAAAAAACCGAAUUUGCACGUCAGUCUGAUACAAGAUAACUUCCCAUGCAGAUCAAGCGAUCCGAAGGAUGUCUUUCAUGCGCGUCCUGCAAUAGAAGUAGAACAAACAAGCUUCGAUGUUGUCAUGAUGAUCCAACCACACAACCUUACCUACUUUACUUGAGCGCUUUGCGUUGGUUGUUUGUUCAUGCAUCCGGCCAGCACGCAGCGUGACGAGACUCUCGAUCUGAUGUAUUUUUACGUAGAAGAAGCUGAAAGUGAUAGUGAAACAAAAUCAAUCUCGCAAGAAUUCCGGAAGUACUGGACAUGAUAGUACUCGAAUCGAAUCCGACUUUGACCGCUUUGACAGAGUAUUCGAAUCGAAUCCUGUUGAACAAGUGGUGUUGAUUUACGCAUUGUCAAGAUCACAGUGCUUGUUCGGGAAAACUGCAUCACGAAAAAUCAGGUUCCUGGGACCGACAAAAGGCGUUGGAGCACUUGGCGCGGGUGAUCGUCUGGUACAAUUGUGACGUCUACCAGCACCUGAUCCACAUGAACCACACCGACUUACUGAAACCUCAAGACCUUUGCCUCCCUUCCUACGUUCGAACGUACCACAAGCCGCUGCGCCCGCUGCAAUCCUCGGUGAGCUGUGUCGACUACAGUUGUAAUGCGGUGCAGCGUGACAAAACUGUUACAUCAACUUCCACCGGCGUCAUUGAUGAGGAAGACUAUGACCUCGACACCGGCCGCCGGCAGUGCACUGAUAGUCUGAAAAGUUUUUCCAUCGGCGUGCAAACCUGUCGGGAGAAUCUCGGGGGACCGGAGAAGGAGCUGAUAUGGAAAAACGCUACUGCUGGUGCAGUAGAAAUCGGUGAUAUGAAAGAUGAAAACUCCAAGAAUUCUACAACUGCGACAACCCCGAAUUCCAAAUCGAAAAAGAAUCUGAAAACCGCUGAGCACUACAAGAUCGAUCUCGAUUUUGACUUCGAAGCGUCGCCGGGUGGACAAAGCUGUAAAAAGAACGGUGAAAUAAACAGCAAGAACAAUGCUCCUGCUUCUUCUAGUAGUACUUCUUGUUCGAAAAGCAAUCAAGUCCUUCAGAAUCUAGCGAAAACCACCAGCGUUCCGCGAACACCACUGUCACCAGGAGCGUCUUCUAAUGCAGUAGAACAACUGAAAAGAGCGAAGGUCGAAACCAGGUCUAUCAGCACCCAGACUGACGAAUCGUGCCCGGACAUGCACCCGAUAUGGGAGUGUCAGGAUUGAAAUCGACAAAGUUGCAAUAGCUUGCAAUGCAUAAAAUUGCUACCAGUUGGAAGCCCAAUUUCCAAGCAGCGCAUGACAAAUUUCGGAACCAUCUAAAUCCAGUCUGUCAUGCUCAUUAGGGACACAGGGCGGCUUUUGUAAUGCUACUUUGGCAGCUCUAUCGCAGACCCCGAAGAGGCUGACAGUCGGCCUCGCUUGUCAUCCCUGCAAGAGAGGCACUUCAUGCCUUGCAAUUUAUGCAUGACAAGCAUUUCGGUCCUGACGCUUCCAUACCCGAUUGUGGCGAAGUACACUCCGGAACCGCUGGCGCAGGUGUUGAACCCUUUGCCCGCGAUAUCUUGUGUAAAAACGUCCCCACCCCAGAGCUGUCAUGCAAAUUUGCAUGCCAAAAGAGUUUCUCAUGCAAAGCCUCAUGAGAAGCUUCUUCUAGUCGUGUUUUGGGAUUUGGGAUGCUAGAAAUAGCAUGGUAUGCUCGAUCUGUGAUGCUGGCUAACUAGCUACUCAGGAUCACACUACGAGGACAAACUUGUCAUGCGAAACAACCAGAGCUGGCUAAUUUGUCUAGCAGAUUUCCCAUCCUGACUCUGGUGUGGGGACGUUUUUACUCAGGAUGCGCGAACUUUUCCGCCUUUCACAUUCGCGAGCACAUGGACGACAUGGCCGACAAAGAGCUCUGGUCGUGCUUGAACCCCGCCUACAAGUUCAGCAACAAGGUGUACUUGACGAAGUACAACGACACAAUUGAAUUAUGCACUGCAACAGUUUCGUUAUCGUACUACUUCUAGUACAAAUCGCAUCACAAAGUAGAAUUUGGUCAGCAUGAAAAAUUGAAUUUGUGAUGCUGAUGAGCGUUGUACAAGGCAGAUCUGUCAUGCAAAUGCACGAUUGCGAGGAUCAGGAUUAGUACGCGUGCGGGGCUCGCCUUUUGCAGUGCAUAGGAAUUCUGCCGGUUCCAACACGUCACUGGGAACUGCUUCAGCAACAAGGCCAGCCACGCGAAUUCCUGUGCCAUGCUGCACAACCAGACGGAAACCGAUUUGCAGAAGAUGAUGACGAUCAUGAAGUUGCGGAAACUGCAGCACAUGAAGGAAGUGGGGGCGACCGGGUCGGUGUUUCUGCUGGAUUUCAAAAACUGCUCUCUGUUCCAGAUGAGCAAGGCGGUGCGGAAUGCGCAGAAAUUCCAAACCUUCGUGUGGGAAAUCAUGCGGAACAUUCCGGGCGGCAUGAACCGGUCGCUACUGUACAACAUGAGCUCGGGCGCAAUCACCUGUCUGACCAUGGCAACCAUGAUGUGGUGUGCGGACGACAGGGCCAGGAUCAAAACCAGCACGGGGAAACCGUCCAAGAAACAGUUGGAGGAUUUGGGAAUCAGUGAGGAAAUGUUCCUAUCCUGUGCAAAAGUACCACCAGUCGCAUUCAUGCAUUAUACGAAUUUCUUUCUCAAGUAGUGAAAUCCGCUUUUAGUAGUUUCUCAUUUGAUGUGUUUCAGUUUUAGUACACAUUUUGUUUCUCACUUGAUGUCGUGCAUGUUAUACCAGUGCGAUCGGGAUGCUUUUGUAUUUCAUAGCUCCAGGAAAUGGAAGAAGAGCUGGAUUCCGGGGGAACAUUCGAUUUGUUGAAGGGAGGGGAGCACGCCGCGGGACAGGGCGUAUCAAAUGCAAACAUGUCUGGGUCUGGAAGAAUGCAAGUCUGUCAUGCUGUCUGGCAUGACGCAGGCUCAGAAAUCUGUAAUGCGUGA